AUGGGGAAAAUUCGCCGACUGACUCCCUUCUGCUACCAUCAAGAUGGGGCAGUUGGGCAACUCUUGGAUCUCCCGUCGAAGCUUGCUCGGCCGUCCGUAGUGCAGGGACAAAGUUGGGGCGAUGUUCUGCUGACUGAAUCAACUUUCAGAAGUGUGUCUUCGCUGUUGAAGGAGUGUGGAGCGUACGGCGUCGAGUUCAUUAUUACGCGGCCCGAUCAGCGGCCUUGGACUCCACCGAUCGGCUUUCAGUGCGUCUAUGAAUCAUUCUUUCAGAAAGAUUCCAGGUUGUGGUUCCCGAUCCCUCGUCUGGUUACUUCUUAUUGCGUGCGCCGAGACAUAGCUAUGACUCAGUUGAUGAUCGGGGACAUGAGGAUCGCUGUUGCGUUGAUGGUGAUGGCAGCAGAGAUUGACGUGUCAAUGUCUGUUCGGAGUUUUGAGGAGUUGACACAAACCCAGCCCAAAUCGAAUGGUUUGUUUGCGGUGCAAAUGCGUUCGGGGCUUCACAUCUUGACUGGUCAUCCCUCGGGGACGAAGCUGUGGCAGCGCUCAUACUUUUUCGUUAAGGCUAAUAAUGCUGCCUUCGAAGAUCCUCCAGGCAAAAGCUACCGAGUUCUAUGGAGUUCUGAUAUCGUUGCUCAUCUGAACACCAUCGGCCCUCAGGACACCUUCUGGAAAGACGUUCCGAAGAUGGUGGUGCUUAAUCAGCAGACGUGGGCGAGCUUCGAUCGUCAGAGGAUCAGUUGCCAACAGAAGCGCAUCGCGAAAGUCGAUUGGUCGCCAGACGUUCCGUGCGUGACGACGACCGGGAAAAGAAUGAAACUUCCACUUAUGGGGCACAUUCCGAAAGCAUAUCCGAGCUACAGCGAGCUCCUACGCACUAAGCUAAAAGGUGAGAGCUUCAGCUCCAUGACUGCGUCUGAGGGCGAAGAUGCCGAGCCUCAAAGAUCUCUGGCCAAGGAGGCAGUGACCGGAGGGGGAGAUGUCGCGGCUUCGGAUUCGGUGGUCGAAAGGACAGACGUUUCGACGGCCGAUGCCCCCAAUGACUCGCCGUUCGUCAGCGAUCCUGAUGCGUGUGCUGAGUUGGUGCGUCGGAUCCGUGGUGGCGCGCACUUGAUGCCGGAGACUUCCAAGCUCGCGUUUCCAAAUGGGUUUAUCGCAUCUGCUCAGGCCGACGUGGUAGCUGCUGUCCGUAAAAACCAACUCAUUUUGGAUUACGAGCUGUCACUGCGUAGGAUGGCUUCAGAUUUCGCUACGGCUGAAGCGACAAUCGAGAGCAAGGAUGCGGAAAUCGAGAAGUCUAAAAGGGUUGCUAUGGACAAAGCCAAGGAGAUGAUCGCCGAGCGAAGCCGUUAUCAUCGUGAGCACAAGCAGGAUGCUGGGAUAAUUAAAGAUCUUGAAGGUGAAUUAGAGGCUGCUCGAAGUAAGAUCGAUCGAUUGGAGGUAGAGAAGACCGAGGAGGCUGAGAAGAGGAAGAGGACGAUGGAUCAUGAGAGACAGGUGCACCGCCGCGAGCUUACGUCUGAGAUGAGUUGUAUCGGAGCGGCGGCGGUGGCGGAUCGUUUCGACAAGUUUAGGAGAUACAUGGUCGAUCGAGAUAAGCACGAGGAGAAGCUCGUUCUCCACAGUCAGGCUUUCGGAGCUUUGGAUGGGCUGGGCAUGCCGGAAGAGUGGGGGAUGCCCGUCCCGAAGAGGUUGAAGGAUAUCUUGUCUGCCAUCGAGGCAAAGUUCAAGGAAGAGCUGAAGGGAGUUGUCGUUGAAGAUAUCACAGAUCACGAUCUCACUGUCUCCUCUCUUCCUCGUCUCGAGCGACUUUAG